GUUAGGGUAGAAAGAUGACUAAAUUUGAAAAAAGAAUUAUUAUUUUUAUUCCUAAUAAUUUAGAAGAACGGAAAUCUGGUUUUUUAGAAGGCUUCUCCAAAGAGUUUCAAGACUGUCAAGCCUUUUUUGUUACAAAUAAUAAAGUUAUAAAAGAUUCUUCCAAAUGCAUAGGUUAUAUAAGUAAAAAAGAUGCCAAAGACUUAAAAUACCUUAAUGGAGGUCAAUGGGUGCAUAUAAAUUCACUAAACUCUUCCGUUACUUUGUCAGAUAAACCUCAUAAUAAGAUAUUAAAAGUUUAUUAUGAGUUGGAUGUUUUCGGAAGAAUUUAUAAAGUACAACCCGAUGCUAUAGAUUUGGGUGUUUAUUUCCAAGAACUUAUUAAUCAUUUCCGAAACAGAAGAGUUACUUCACAUACAAAUGGAACCAAAGGCUUUAUAGAACUCAUUGCUUUAUUUAUAAUCAAAUUUCUUGAUGUGAUAUUCAAAGUAAUUAGUUAUCAGAAAAUAAUAAAAUAUUCUUCCACUAUAAAUUAUUUUGGAGAAAGCUGUAUGUUAGGAAAAUGGUUACUGACAAGUCUUAUCAGAAGAGAAAAUGGUCCUAAAAUAAUAAAUCUUUUAGUAUCAAUAGCAUUCGAUUUAAUGCUCGGCUUGUACAUAAUUAAAUAUUUUGUUUACUACAAAAAAGAUGUCUUAUUUUUUAUUGAAGAUAUUGGAGAGGUUGCAAUUGUUACAUUGAAAGAGUUGUUAAAUUAUCUCAUGGGUUCUCCCAUAGGACUUAAGCUGAAUCAUGCCUUCAAUAAUGCUCUAGGCUUAUUUUUUUUUUACAAUAUUAAUUUAUGGAAACUGUUCAUUCAAGAAUUAUAUCCUAUGCUUCUCAAUUAUUUACAAUAUUUAAUCAAAUCUGGUAUCUUUGGAUUUUCAUUUCAAUUAGCCUUAAUUUCGGAUAUAUUAUCGUUGACAACUUUUCAUGUGUAUUGUAUUUAUGUGUAUGCAGCUAAAUUAUUUCAGUUACAAAUUAAGAGUAUAAUCUCUUUAUGGCGUUUAUUUAUUGGGAGAAAGUAUAAUCCAUUAAGGGAAAGAGUAGAUUCUUGUCAAUAUACACAACACCAACUCUUCAUUGGUACACUGGGCUUCACAAUUCUUCUAUUUUUACUGCCUACAACUACUUUGUAUUAUGUGGUUUUUACAACAUUGCGUUUAGUUUUUUUGAUAAUAAAUGGAAUAUUAUACAGACUGAGAUAUUUACUAAGGUGCCUUCCAAUAUAUGUAACACUUCUGUGGAUUUUGAAUUCUUCUACAUUAGCGGGAAACUUAGAGUUAGAACUGAAGCAAUUUGAGAAUGUGGAUAACUUAAGCAUUACUGUGAAAAUGAAGUCUCUUCCUUAUCGUACAAGUUUAAGUACAUUUACCCCCGAUUUUAUAGAGCCUAUCAAUGGGUUAAAAUGGGGGUCACUUAUACACAACCUGUUUACAGGAGUACUUAUUUGAUGAUUGAAUCUAUUGAUUUGAUGAACUUUUCAGUUAGUGGUUCUUUUUAACUACCUCUUAAGAAAUAUUUGUAUAUCUUGUUACAGCUUUUUUUAUAGAGUUUAAUUUAUGUUACCAUUGCCAGUUUGUACAAGUGCCAUCUUUCAAAUAAUUGUUCAUUUCAAGACCAAACUAAUACCAAAAACAUGUUAUUUUUAUUCAGCAAAACUCGGUUUCUCCAAUGCGAGAUGUUGGUGUCGAUUAUUUUAGUUCAGUAUUUGAUUUUUAUUUAAAAAUUAUGUCUAUCUUCUAUGCGUGAACAAAUUGUUUGUGUUUUUGCAACUAUCCACUUUUUGUGAAUUUGCUAAUUCUACUAACCUUUGAUUUAUUAUCAUCAAUUUCAUUUUUAAAUAGGUCAUAAAGUGAAGAUAACAAGUUCAAAAUAAUUAGAUAGGUGUUCAAUGUUUCAUUAUUUAUUCAAGUUAUUUUUUUUUCGCCUUGUUGCAGCUUUGUCCAAGAAAUACAUAUUUUUACUGUAAAUUCAAUUGUGUUAUACUGAAGUACUUUUUUUGAAUGAUUAUUUGUGUGCUAAGAAAAAUGUAUUUACUCUAGUAUGGGAUUUUAUCGAAAAUCUGUAAUUUUUAUUCUUUUCACUUGAGGAUUUGUUAUCUAAUUGGAGGUAUUGAUAUACAAAGUUUUAUUUCCUCAUUUUUAAUGGAAAAGAACAAUUUAUAUAACCAGUAUCACAAAAAAUUACUGCGAACAAUUCCAGUAUUAUUUGAAUGACAAAAAAAUACAAUGGUUAUUUAUUUUAUUCCUGAAUAAAUUAUUAGUACAAAGUAACAAUUACUUCAGAGAAUAUCUGUUUUUAUAUAUUUAUACGAGCUAUUCAUGAAAAUAACAAAUAUGUAUAGAACUAAAUAAAUUACUAAAUUAUAUUAUGAAUCCAUAUAUGAAAAACAUUUUUAAUACAGAAAAUAUUCAUAUAUACAAAAAAUAUAUCUAUUUGAAAUUCAAAUUUAUAAAAAUUCAUGACUUUUACAUAAAUCUGCAAGUUGUACAGUUUGUUCUUUUUAUUCUUCACAUAAAUUGUCUUAAUAAACGUUUCAAUGUGA